AUGAGAUACUUGCGCGAUUUGUGGAAUAAGUGGCGUGGUGACAUGCACAGGAAAUAUGUGAAAGAAAAUUCAUUGCAAGUUGCACUUAGAAAUAAACCUAUAGAAGUGAGUGUUGAUGACUGGGAUUGGCUAGUUAAGGAACAUUAUUUUUCUUCAAAAUUCCAGAAAGCAAGCCAACAAAAUACACUUAACAGAGGCAAAAGAAAGAUGCUCCACCACACGGGCAGCAAAUCCUUUAGACAAAUUGCGUGGGAAUUGGAUGAAAUUGUUCAAGUCAAACAAGCAAACCCUUCACUUUCUGACAUUGAGAUAGUUGAGAAAAUCUGGGGGAAGCAAUCUCAUGGUCACAUCACUGUAUUUGGUGGUGGGACUACUUUGAAAGAUUUGAGAGGACCGCUCCCUAGUCGAUCUGAUCUGGAAGCACGGGUUAUAGAAGAAAAGAGAAAGAACCAGAUGCUUCAACAACGCUUAGAUGAGCAGGAGCAACAACAACAAAGGAUGUCUGAGUUGGAGUCACAAGUGAAAGCUAUGCAAGAACUUUUUUUUAGACAAUCACCUUCAUUGGCUCCUCAAACUCAAGAACGUGUGCAGGAUUAG